AUGAAGAAAAAGGUUACUGACCCUUCUUCCCAUCGCCCCCCAUCAGCGAGCUCAGUUCCGCCCAUGCUGCCGCCCUCAGUCGAGGAGGCCUACCGCAGGAAGUGCAUCCAGCUUAAGCAGCGCACUAACGAGGUUGAGGAGGCCAACGAUGCCGCUCGCCUGCGUCUGGCCCGGCUGAAGCGCCAGGUCGAGAAGAUGAGGCUGGAGCGGGCGUUCCUUCUUGAGCAGCUGGCCAAGAGGACGAGCACUAACGUGGAGGACUCUGACGGCAGCCCCAGCCCGCCGCCCACAGUACGUGACGCCGUAUCAUCACCCCCAGGAUCACCUCUGAAUCCGGGCGGACAUACUCGCCAUCACCAUCAACAUCAUACAUCCCUUCAUCAAACACGCACAGGUCGAAUCGGUAAGCUGACAGCAGCCGUGCAGCCAAAAGAGAAGCCCUUGCGCAUCAAGCGUGGUCAUCGCAAGCCCUCUGCCAUGCCCAACCUCGACCUGCCUAGUGGUGCCGCGGGCGCUACCUUUAUCAACCAGAACCUUCAGACCCAGUCGCCCAGUUCCGACGCCUUCUCGGCAGCCCACCAUGCGACCAACGGUCUGCACAAGGGCACCUUCAGGCCCAUCAAGCCGAGCAGCGCGUUCGAGCUCUACUGCGACGAUAAGCGGGCCGCGUCGAAAGAGAAGGCCGCGGCAAAGGCGCUCAGCAAGGAAGCCGCCGAAGGGUCCGGCAGCCCCGAGGACGAGAACGAGAACGACAACGACAACGAAAACAACGGCGAUAACACCGAUGUCGAAGAAGAGACAUUGUCGCGCGAGUGGAAAGAUCUUCCAGAAGACCGCAGGAAAGAGUUCGAAGAUCGAGCCGAUCGGGACGCGGAGCGAUACAAGAAGGAGAAAGACGCCUACGAUGAGGCCAAGGCCAAAGCCGAGGAAGAAGAGGCUGCGGCGGAGAAGGCUGCAGCGGCAGCAUCAGCAGAGGCAUCAGCAGAAGCAGAAGCAGAGGCAACAGACAAGCCCCGUGGCUCGACAAGCGAUACCGGCAACAAGACGGAUGAUGCCGAGGGUGGUGCGACGGCCGAGGAGAUGGAUCUUGAUCGCGUUGCCGACGCCGAGACUACCGACGAGAGGAAAGCCAGCAGCAGUAGCGCCAAGGCCGCCGUCGAGGAGGGAACGGACACGCCGCGGGCGACACAGGAGGAUGUCGAGAUGGGCAAUAACGACACGGACGAUCAUGAGACAAAAGCUGAGGAGACGCAAUAG